UCUAGUUGUCUCAUUCGGUAAGAAAACAUUUGACAUUUUCUGAUGCGCUUUCAAGGCAUUCCAGUGCAUUCUAGGGUUUUCACAAUUAGUGCAUAUCAAUCUAAAAGUCAAUUAUCGAAACUUAAAUGCAGCAACUGCAUUUGCCAUGGAGUCCAAACAGGAUACAAUAUCACCCAAAGGAGAUGAAGAUUCGAAGAAAUCAUCGAGCAUUCAUUCGAAAUUAUCUCUUGAACCAGAGACUCAUUUACAGAGUCUUGGUUUUACUACCAACAAUGGAAAGGCUAGAUUUAUAUUAGACAAUGAUAUUUCUCUAUGCUCGCAUUCUCCAUUAACAAAUUACAAUGUCGUUGAUGAAAGCGACGCAUUGUCCUUUGUGGUGCUAGGCAAAGAUUCAUUAGAUUCCAUUCAAGCUUCGUCGCUUGCAUCAUAUGUUGAUAUACAACAAAAAGGCAUGUCACUUGAUGUCAAUUCUAUGCUGGCAUCAUGGGAAUCUACAGAUUCCCAGAUAGAGACGAAACUAAAUGAAUUAUUGCAAGAGAAUGAGAAGCUCAAGGAAACAUUGAAACAAAAUAAUAUCGCUAUGAAACAACAAUUUAAUACCUUAGCCAGUUGGCAAGAAGAAAUCAUGAGAGUACAUCAGAAUAAUAAGAAAAAGUUUUCUGAUAUGAGGGAAUUAAUAAAUCACCUGAAAAAGGAAAAUUCGGAAUUAAAAAUGAAGCUUUCCACUGGACAGAUUAAUACAGAAACCGAAUAUGAGAUAUGCUAUAAUAAUAGUAAGAGAAACGAACAAAACUUACAGUUUUUAAAAAUGAAUGAAAUGGAAACAAGGACAUGUAUUCCUGAAACUGAACUUCAGGAACAAGUAACUUCAUUAACAGAUGAGUUAAAUACUUCUAAACUUGAAUGUAAAAAGUUAUCUUCUGAUGUUGAGAAUUUACUUAGUAUGUCGAGUUUAAUGAGUUCUCAAUUGAAACAAGCAACUUGUACGAUACAAGAGCAAAGGCUGAGUUUAAAAAAGUUAGAAAUGUCGGCUGCAAUGUCAAAGUCGCUAGAUUCAAAUUAUUUUGAUAAAUCCCUUAUUUAUGGUACUUCUAGUUCUUCUGAAGGUAUAAAUAAUUGUGCAGAAUGUGAUAAAUGUCUAAUAAAAGAUAAAGAAAUUAAAUCUUUAAAAGAAUCAGUUGCCCUAUUUGAACAUAAAUUACAACAUGCUACAGCUCCUAUACAAUUUUGUAUUAAAAGUCCUGUGAAUCCCAAAAAAUAUAACCAACAAUAUAAUCAAAAGAUACAACAUUAUAAAAAAAAGUUACAAGAAUUAACAACUUGCUUUGAUAAACAAAGUAAUCAUUGUACCCUUAUAGAAAACCAUUUAAAAAAUUUUGUUGGAACACUAGAAAAUGCUAAAUCGUUACAUAAAUCCGAUACAGAAGUCACAGAUCUUGAAUAUAGUUGGCUACCCGACAGCACAGAAUUCCAUCAUUAUAAAAAUCAACUAACUGAUUGUUAUGAUAAGUUAAUUAAAGAACGACAGAAAUUUAUCAAAGAGAAAGAAAAUUCAAUUAUGGUACAAAGUGAAUUCCAAAAUGCUUUAUUGGAUUGUAAUUCAAUUCUAUACGAAUUGAAAACAUUGUUGGGAAAGAAAACUGAAGAAAAUGAAACACAAACUAAUAUGACAUCCGAAUCUACUGAGAAAGUUACAGAAACAAAAGGACAAAACACUGAAGAAAAACAAUUACUAGAAGAAGGAAGGAUAUCACUUAUUAAAGAGAGAGAAAGGCUUGAAGAAGAAAAAAGGUUAUUUAGCAAUCAAAAAAGAAAUUUCGAAAUGGAAUACAAAAACUUAAAUAAUGCGAUGGAUUUAUUACAACAAGAAAGGUUAAGUUUACAAGCAGAAAAAUCGUCACUCGAUCACCAGAGUAAAUUGUGCGAAAGUCAUUACAAAGAAAGCUUAGACGCGAAAAAGAACGAAUUUGAAGGGAUGUACAAUGAACUAGUUACUGAAAUAGGUAUAUUGCAUGAAACUAUAACGAGGCAAGAAUCUAAUUUAAAAGAACUAUACAAAGAAACAAGACAAUAUAUGGAAAAUCGCAAUUUGUUACGGAAACAGUUACUGCUUUAUGAAGAAGAUUUUAAACAGGAAAGAAAAAUCAAGGAGUCAUUAAUGCUAGAAAAAGAUAAAUUAAAUACAGAUUUACAGAAUCAAAUAGAGUAUAGUAACAAAUUAUAUGAAGAAAUCAAAAAACUGAGUCGUCAUAUGGAUCUGUCCAGUAAAGAUCACUUAGUACCUCCGGUGAUAUCAUCGUUUUCGUGUCCGAAAUGUGAUUGCACAUUCAGAAAUAUGGAAUCUUUGGUAGAUCAUGUUAAUAGUUGUUUAAGUUUAGAUUAAUACGAUAUUUCGCGGUAUACCCUUUAUGCAUAUUAAUCGUUAAAUCAUUAAUAAAAAUAAAGAUGUUACCAAAUAGAGUUGUAAGAAGAAAUGUAAAUUUGUAUGUAUUAAAUCAGGUAAACGAGAUUAACAAAUAAAUAAAUUAAUCUUGUGUAUUCAA